CCCUCCCUGUCAGCCCAGCCUCCCCAGGACGGCCGUCCGACGGCCCAGGCUCGCCUCGCCGGCUGCCUCCUGUCCCUGGAGGGGCAGACACCCGAGUAGGGGGGUGCCCCUGGGUACAGUCCCCCUCGGUCCCUGCUGCCCGGGGCCGGGCCGCGGGCAGGGGCGGCUGCACGGCGGGGCUGGAUGCGGCUGCCAUGGGGCGCGGGGCUCCCCUCGGACCGUGCCUGCUGCGGGCAGUGCUGCUGCUCGCCCUCUGCCCCGCCGCCGGCAGCACCUGGAUGUGGCUGGGCAUCGCCGCGGCCGGCGGGCCCGAGAAGCCGGGCUGCGCCAGCCCUUCGCUGAACCGCCGGCAGCAGGACCUGUGCGAGCAGAAGCCGGAGCUGAUGCCCGCGAUCCGAGAGGGAGCGCGCCUGGGCCUCCAGGAGUGCCGCAGCCAGUUCCGACACGAGCGCUGGGACUGCCGCUCGCCGCCCGCCGCCCGCCGCGGGACCGCCGCCCCCGCCGCCUUCGGGCAGCAGCUCAGCAGCGGCACGAAGGAGACCGCGUUCAUCUCGGCAGUGACGGCGGCUGGGCUCGUGCACUCGGUGACGCGGUCGUGCAGCGCGGGGAACAUGACCGAGUGCUCCUGCGAUGUCACCCUGCAGCACGGCGGCUCAGCCAGCGAGGGCUGGCACUGGGGCGGCUGCUCUGAUGAUAUCCACUAUGGAAUGUCCUUCAGCAGAAAGUUCCUGGAUGUGCCGUUCAAGAACGUAACAGGCAAGAGUGGGAGCGGGCUGGUGGCGAUGAACCUGCACAACAACGAGGCUGGGAGGCAGGCUGUAGCAAAACUGAUGUCUGUGGAUUGCCGUUGUCAUGGUGUUUCUGGGUCCUGUGCUGUGAAAACUUGUUGGAAAACCAUGCCAUCCUUUGAAAAGAUUGGCCGGUUUUUAAAGGAUAAGUAUGAAAACAGCAUACAAAUAUCAGACAGACUGAAAAAAAAGCUACGCAGGAAAGAGAAAAGCCAGAGAAAAAUACCAAUUGGGAAGGAGGACCUGCUGUAUGUAAACAAAUCACCCAAUUACUGUGUCGAAGACCAAAAACUGGGGAUCCCUGGAACUCAGGGAAGAGAAUGUAACCGCACUUCACAGGGACCUGAGGGCUGUAACCUGCUGUGCUGUGGGCGUGGGUACAACACCCACGUUGUCAGGCACGUGGAAAGGUGCGAGUGCAAGUUUGUCUGGUGCUGCUACGUGCGCUGCAGGAGGUGCGAGACCAUGACCGACGUACACACCUGCAAGUAAGAUGAAGUACAGGAAACAUGGCCAAACCAUCCACCCUCUGUAGUGCACACAGCUGCUGCAGGGGCAGCAAUCACUGUUACCAUGUGGGAUUUCAGAGGGAUCGGCCUCAGGGGGAACAACAGGUACUGCCAGACAAUGGGUAUCCAAGCAUGCCUCAACUGAAACGACAGCUGAGUAAAUAUCAGGCUGCAUGCAGGGACAGCUUAAACAGCAAAAAGGACUCCUGAUGACACAUUUGAACAUUUUAACAUGUUACUCCAUAAGCAGAGACAGAUGCUAAACUUUUCAAGUAUUUAAUAGACACAAUGUCCUGAAGAUCCAUGUGGUGGCUAGGUACAGUGGAGAAAUCUCAAGAUCUCAUUAGCCUGAGAGUUAAGAGAGUUUGAAAGACACAUUAGAUAUAGUGCUCAUGUCUGUGCUUUUAAAACUGGGACUAGAUGGAUCCACUAGUUAGUUCAUAUCUGCAGACUUCAGAAAAACCCACAAAGAUAGGGAAAGAGACAAAGAUAGGGAAAGAGUUCAGCUGUUGACCACGAAGCAUUUGCUUUGCAGCCGUUCAGAAAACUGCCUUCUGCAAAGUGUGCAGAAAAGCAUCAGGAAGUGAGGAAUGUCUGUGACUGCAGAGAGCUCAGCAGUGUCUGCCUGGAAAAGGAGGGUCAAGCUGUGCCCAGGGGAGAGAGGCAGGAGCACAGCUUGGUGAAUGUGAAUGGGGUACCAAACAGCAAUCUUAGGAUUUUUAACCUUCAAACACACAAGGGACAGGUCUGAGAAGGGACAGAAGUACAGUUUGAUAUUUGAAGGAAAUAAAACCCUCUGCAGGCAUUUCCUGAGUAUCUGAGCACACAUUUUGCAAGUCAGCUGGUUGUCACCCCACUCUUGAAUUCUAUGCAAUAACCUGCCACAUUCAACCAUCUCAUUGGUGGUUCACCAUCAUUAUCAAAAUUAACCACAUGAGAUUUAGCCCAAAGGAAUCUGCCAUAAAGCAAUGGAGUUUUUAAAACAGAUUUUCUUUAUAGAAUCAGCAGCUAGAAUUUUUCAUUAGAUAGCAUCCUCAGUAAGUUCAAUGCACAAUACAAUUUAUGGAUUGGCUCACACCAUUAAAAUAUUUAAACUGUUAAUUAUAACACUUUCUCUAUCUCCAUUUGUUGGCUUAAUUUUAUUUUACAUCUGUGAAAGGUUGUUUAUUUUUAUGCAGUGAUUUUAUGCCUAGCUUAAAAAGCAUCAUGUGAAAGGAUUACUGUUGUUUAAUUGUGCAAAGAACUAUUUUUGAUAAGACAAGAAAGUUUAUAUUUUGUAAAUAUUUAAAUUAUGCAAGUUAUGUAAAAGGUUUCCACAACUAAUAUGAUAAGACUACAGCCCUUAAGAUUUGUUGGUUAGAUAUUUGUUAAUAUUGUAGUAGCCUUCAAUCGAAUUUUGUUUGCAUGUGCUGGAGUAAAUUAGUCAGAGAACUGCAUAAAUGUUAGGGCUUUGUAUCAUCAGGGUGGUUAUAACUAUUGCAGUUCAUAUACACUGAUGAGAAACACUAUGAUUUUUCUAAA